AGUUUCUAAGAAUAAAAGUCAUAUAGAUAAGAUUUAGAUUGAAAGUAAUACUCGAUUUUUUUCGUUUUGGUAUUUGAAAUAUAAAUAACGGAUAUAAAGAUCGAGAUGUUGCAAAAAUAUAAUUCAACAAUGGGGCACCACUAUAAACAGUUGGAGUAACGCCAUCUGACUGUUUUUUUUCGUAUCUGUAGUUGUAUGUGAAGUGCUCUUAACCUCAAAGAGACGCCAUUUUUUUACUACAUGUAUAUAUUUCCCUCAUUUGAAUACGAUCCAUCACAUAUUUUUUGUACACAUUCCUUGUUUACCUUAUACCCACGCACUUUUCAAUUGUCAAAUGAAAUGCUUAGAAUUUAGUGUACCUAUACCUUUCGUGAAAUAAUUAAUCCAUGUAUACAUAGAAUAUCAGAAGUAUAUCGCGGGCUCGUUGUGUGGGAGUACAUUAUAAAAAGUUGAAAUUAAAAAAAUGAACUUGCGCUUGCGUUUCCAUUUUUGUAAUGUUUAAAUAAAAUUCGUGAUAAAACUCAUUGUUUUGUGGGUGAAAAGUGCAAAUUUUCAUAACGUUCAUCCUCGUGUUUUUUGUGUGAUAUCUAUUGGUCGAGUUUUUUUAUUCAUUCGUAACUCACGAUGCCAGCCUGUCAGAAUAGGCGGCAGAGAGUUCCAUGAAAUUUAUUUUUAUUUUGAGACUUUCGUUGGAUCACGAUCGAAAAGCCUCGAAAAUGUUUUGUCUGAGAAAAAUUUGUUGCUCGUUUGUCCUGAUCGUGCACUUGUUUACCAUCGCCAACGCUUCCAAUAGCACAAGCAGCGAUUGUCAAAUACGCAGGCCACUGCGUAAACAGAUAGAGGCUGAACCACUGGCCGGUAUGUGCCUCAAAGACAUUGUGGUACGUUUUUCAAAAACCCUUCGAUCAAUUGGCACCGAAGAACUUGGUUUGACUGCUUUUCAAGAAAUGCUUGAUAGUCUUGAUCUUCUCAAAUCGCAAGAGAGUCUUGACAAAGCUUUAGAAAAUAUUGUGCAAAAAAUGAACUCAAAAUUGAGCACUUAUGAUCAAAUUUUGGAACAAUGCGAUAAUGCCAUACAAAGUAUUUUACUCAACGAGCGUUAUUACUCCAUUUAUCCUGACGAAACUUUGGAUUCGAGCCAUUCGUCAAGAGAGUCUGCCAAUUUGUGUUCACAAAUUGAAAAUGCUCUGGCAACGAACGUUCGAAAUGAUAAAUGGAAAAACUUGCAUGUUCUGCCAGUACGAUAUCCAGGACUGAUGUGUGGUCCGGCAAGCUUGGCGCACAAUGUAGGCCCUUUGUUGCUCUCCCAGUGCAACAAACCCAAAAACGUUAUUCUUCUUCUGGAACACGGCAUGUUUAUGUCCGAAGGAGAUUUUACACUGGCUCAAGUAACAGCCAAAACUAUUGUUGACAUGCUUUCGGAGCUUGAUCAUGUCACGGUUGUUGGAUUGGCAGGACAUGGUUAUAUUGAUUGUGAAAAGGGGCUGAUGAGGGCCAAUGAUAUAAAUAAAUUUCAAUUGGGACGUCAUGUUGACAGCAUCGUUAGAAUGGAAUCGAAUGAAACAUUGGCGAUCGACUUUGAAGCGUUGGUUGCUGACCUUCGUGGAGAUGUGGUUGUUAUCCAUUUGACAAAUACCAUGGAAGAUGUAUCAAAUAUUAAGAGUAUUGUAGAAAAGAUCAAAACUGAUCAAUUGACACCGCAGCUUCGAACAGUUCUCAUUCUCUCAGAUCUGAAACCCCACAUCAACAUUCGCGAAACUUCGACGAAUGGGAGCGUAAUAACACUUCCCACGGAGAAUGUUCUCGGCUACGAGUUAGCCAGGCUUUUUUCGGGUCUUCAAUGCCCGAACGAAAACAAAAAGAAUUAUUAUCUGUCCGACCCAUAUUUGGAGCACUAUGGGAAAUCAAUGACAAUAUCCGUAGGCCGUAUUACAAACACGGCUCUUUUGUCGCUCGACGUUAAACUUCGAGACUUCGUUGAAGAUUUAACUUAUUUCAAUGCUGGUCCAAACGCAUAUUCCAUUCUUUUCGACAAAAAAGGCAUCGUAUGGAUGCACAAAAAUUUUCCCCGAGUCGAAACUGUGCUCGAACAACCCCUCAAAGUUCAUCUUAGAGAUAUGGAGAAUGUCGAUGUUGACAAAAUGAUUAACGAGACUGAAGGAGUUUUGGAAGCAAAAAAUAAGCACGGAGAACAGAGACAAUUCAAAUGGAUGCAUCUCUCGUACCGAGAUUUAAUAGUUUGCGUCGUGUCCGAAAAAUCCGAAGAGCCACGGCUUCCAGCGCGUAAUACCGUGCCACGCUUACCCUCCGACAUUGUCCACCAUCGUUUGGAUCUCAUUCAAUCUCAUUCAGUCAUCAGCAAGGACGAUCUCUGCUCCUAUCAAAAUAAUAUUGCGACUUUGGCCACUGGCGUAGUUUAUUUGUCGCCAUGGUGUUUCAAAUCGCCAUGGGAGCAGCUGGAACUUUUGGAAACAGGUUCGGUGAUGACGGUACAGAGCUACAUGGCUUAUAUUAAAGAUACCACAAGACUUUUGACAAACCCGGGGCUACGAUCUUCCGUGAGGUCGGACGUUGCUACGCUCGCACAAAUUUUAGAUCAUUUCAAAGAGCGUCACGUUGACAGUCCGUUCCAUAAAUUCAUCGUCAGAAGGUACGUAGUAGCAGCGGACAGCGGUGCUCUGGUCGUUUAUCCUGGGAUGAUAUUGGAUUCGGCUUUGGAUCCGAUGAGACGAGCUUGGUACGUCAAGAGUCAUGAGUAUCCGGGUAAAAUAAUUUUGACACCGCCCUAUUUGGACGCUGGAGGAGCCGGUUACGUAGUGACAUUGAGUCACACGAUUUACGAAGGUCGUUCAGCAUCUCUGCACUCGAACGAAGAUCCCAUUUUCGCGACGAUGUCAAUGGAUUUGCCGAUGAGUUACAUAGCUCGUUUGCUCCGCGAGAUGUUUCCAUUCUGCAAAGAAUCGACGAUCAAGUGUUUCCUCAUGGAUGACAAAGGCUGGCUCGUUUCUCAUCCCGCGCUCCUCGAACCCGGUAGCAAACACGAGCAGCCUCAGCAUCUUACUCAUAAAGAACUCCUCGUCGCCAACGACAUUCUCAACCAUGAACUGUUUGUCAAGAAAAAAUUGUGCGCUAAUUAUUUGGAUGGAACGAUGCAACGCUACUAUCAAUUCAACACGUCCUUGGACGAAGUUUUGACUAAUAUCGUUCAUGGUGAACAUUGCGUCAAAUAUCAGGUCGCCGCUGUUCCUGGUACGAAUGUAUUCCUGGGAAUAAUCAACGAGACUUGCAGCUUGAGGGCAUUUUGCCCCUGCAGUACAAUGGACAGACUUUGUUUGAACUGCAAACGGAUGGAGCAAACCGAGUGCGAAUGUCCAUGCGAAUGUUCGCUGUACACCGCCGGUUGUGAACAACCAAAUACAACUUAUUUGGAUAGCUGUACGCCACCGUACGAACAAGGUUUCAGUUCGACCGUCGAUUGGGCCCAACUCGCUGCCUUAAAACCUUGUCCAACUUUCAAUUGUAAAGAUUACGAAACCGAGGGCGAAUGUCUCGGAAUCGUUGGAUGCCAAUGGUGCUCUAUCGAUGGCGAUGGGGAAUCGCUUCUUCAGAGACCGUUUUGUUCAGACAUGAAUCUUUGCUUUAGAGGUGUUCUCGGAUCUUUCCUCCCUUAUGCUGAUGGAACUUACAAUUCGCAAUCAACGGAUGAAGGAGUUUCUCGUGAAUGGCCAUCGGUUGGCCCAGUGGCCGGUGGAAUACUAGCGAUCGUUCUCAUCCUCGGAAUAACGCUCUUCUGCUACAGGCUUCGUAGCGUGCAAUCAGGACUGGAACAUCAGUGUUUGCACCUGCAAACGUCACCGGAUAAUUUGAGAAUGACACAUUUAGACGCGGACAACGAACCGAUGGAAUUCGAUCAAUCGAAGAAUAAUUUAGACUCGUUGCUGCCCGAGAGCGUAGCUCCGAUAUCGCCCUAUCGUGUAUCUACGAACUAUAGGCGACCUCCCGGUGGAGACAGCGAUCACGGAUACAGCACCAUGACUCCUCACGAUGAUUCCGAGCAGCAAACUUUCGCUGAGCCUUUGUUGAUCGUUGGCGUCAACGCAGAACCGGAAAUAGCAAGGCGUAACGUAACUCCACCUUCGCCCACGACUCAUCUCGGUUCACCGCAUCACGUAUUGGCUCCUGUCACCGUUCAUCGUGAUAUGGAGCCGAAUUUUUGCUAACGCGAAACCUACAUCACCCUUCUUAUUCUUGAUUAUGUUUUAAUCAAUUAUUCGUACUAUAAUUUAAUGCAGAUGCUUCGAGAUGACGAAGUACGGUGCUACGCUAAACGGAAUUGUAAUCGUUGGAAUGCAACUAAUCAUUUCGUGGUCGUAAUUAUUUUCUGUUCAGUUUCUUUUGCGCCUUGUCAUUCUGGUUCCUAGAAACAAUCGGACAAUUUGAAGUAGAAAUAAAUUCCAUCGCGUGCCAGCGAUGUAAAUUUAAGAAUGUAAUCGAAUUUAGCAUUUCGAGUUCGUAUUGUUUAUUUUUUUAUUAUUUUAAAAAACUAAGGUCUUUGAAUAGCUUUUUUCAUACCGAUUAGCUCGUAAAAUCUUUCGUCAGGUUUAAAGACUUCCUCAUUGUAUUGCAGCAUGGGUAUUUUUGUACUCGCGCUUCCAUUUAUGUUUUAUAUAACUUAUUUCUCGCAAAACGAAGAUGUUCAGUAACGAAUGUAAGAGUAUUUUUCGUACCUGUCUACGAGAUUGUAGAAUCUUAAGCUGACCUCGAGUGUGCCAAUGAACUACGAGCGCACUGAAACUAAUUGAAAUUGUGAAUGAAUCGAAUGAAUGAUAAAAAUGUGUUUGGAUGAAAGCGAAAAAAGAGAGAUUGAAUUCUGACAUAUUUUUAAAGAAAUUUUCGGAGUUCCAUGUUUUACCAUAAAAAUCCGCACUUUGUAUAUUUGUAUGCCCGUAUACGUAACUUUGUGAACUAAGUGGCAAUCGAAUUCGCGUAGCAAAGUGCAAUUCAAAAAAAGAAACUGAAAUGACUGAAAGAAACCGAUUCGCUUUUUUAUCGAAUUUUGAUCUGAAAGCAACUUUUUGUUUUCAAUUCUUUGUUCACAACACAAGGCGAUCCGUGCAAUAAUAUUUUAACGAACAAAAGAAGAAUCAAAACUUGCUACUUGCCAAUAUAAAUUUGUAGUUGAUUAUCUUGCCGUUUUGAAAAAUCGUGCCGAAGUGAAAGUGUCAAUUAUUGUUUCUACUAAAUAAUGUCACAAAUUUGAGGAAGACUCGAUAAGCGCCAUGUAAAACGCUAGUUCCAAGCGUUAAAACUGAAACUAAAAGUACACUCUAACGUACCUAUAACGAAUAAUGUAAAUUUUAUACGUACGAUCUUUACACUUAUAAAUACAUCCAUGUAUUUUUUAUCAUCGAUGAAUUGUUUUUACAAAUAAUAAUACAAAAGAGAGAUAUUUCAA